CCCGAAAUCACUGUAGAUGGGGUUGUGAUAUUUAAAUACUGGUUAUUGUGGCGGACGUAUUUCAUCCAAACCAACAAGCUUUUGGAAACCGGAAGACAAGCGUUUGUGAAGGAGUGCUGACAUUUCAGACGGCUUCUGUACCAAAAGCAACCGCCAUAGUUAAAUAAAUAUUUACAAUACAUCCAACACCAACACCAACACCAACAACAAUAAGAACCGAAGUUAUUGUUGGAUAAGCAACCCCGCACAUCCAUCAGGUCUAAAUAUCACCCUUCAAUUAUUCAUUUGGUCACUGCUUUUCCAUUGCCAUGCCAUGCUCGGAACUAAAGGGUCGUCUUGGCAUGCGGUGUUCGGCAUCCGCAUAAAUUCGCAUUUCGGACCCCAUCCCACCCCUUCACCCCAAUGGCCAAAGGCAUAGGGCGCAACCACGACGCUAUCCGAGUCGUUAAUCUGGGUCAGGAAUUCGGACUGACAAUCACUCAAAGUCAGCUUUAGGGCAGUGCACUACUUUACUCAAUUGCAAAAUGUGCGAAAAAGGUACUAGGACUGUGGCCGCUUUUCAAAUACAAUAAAACGUGCGGGAGAAUGAUUCCCAGGUCGGUCGGGGGCCGAAUGUUAGCAUCGAUAAGUCCAUAUGGGUAUAAGUAACAGGUCUUGAUAACUGUUCACUGCUCCUCCUCCUCUGCAAGAAAUCGGGACAUCUUGAUCUCAUCAACAGUACUAUACUCUCAUCUCUCCUCUACUUCCAACCACUUCAUAUCUACCACGGUUCAACAGUUAAAAUGACCAAGUCUCUCACCAGCACUGAGUCUCUUGAGAAUGGGCCCCCUCCUGAUACUAACCCAGUCACCUUGGGCCUGUACGCAUCCCCUGAGAUCCGAGAACCAACUAAUCUCAAGAUCGAGGGCACUAUCCCCACAUGGCUGACCGGCUCUCUCUACCGCGGCGCGGCAGCGACCUGGGAUGUUGGCACCUACACGGCUGAGCACUGGUUUGAUGGCUUCAGCCGGAACCACAGAUUCGAAAUCGCCAAUGGCGCCGUGUCAUACCGCAGCCGCAACGGCGCUGAGGAGCUGAUGGAUUUUGUUCGUGAGACCGGACGGUAUCCGACCUCCAGCUUUGGCAGUGACCCCUGCAAGGUCAUAUUCGGGGCGUUCGAGGCCACCUACCGAGACGGCAGUAGUAGUCGAGGAAAAGCAAGUAGUAGCAACGUGGGCGUCUCGUAUGUUCCCAACUUUGCGGGAAUUCCCGGCAACUCAACCACCCAGGGAGCCCCAUUUGACGCUCUCGUCUCGACAACGGAUGCCAACGAGUUGCAAAGAAUUGAUCCAGUCACACUCGAACCUGGUGAACUUUUCACAUACGAAGCUUCCAAUAAGCUUCUUGUCAACUCUGGACAAAGUGCAGCUCAUCCGGUCGUGGGUGAAGACGGCGCCGUCUACAACUAUGUGCUUGAUCAGAAGACCUCACCUCCGACCUAUUAUAUCUUCGGAAUUUCCCCUCCGAAAGGGGAGACCAAGAUACUCGCAACCAUCACCGAUGCGCCUGCAAGUUACAUCCAUGCUCUCUUCGGGUCAGAGAAGCACCUUGUUCUUGUUGUUUGGCAGGCAGAUUUCGCCAAGGAAGCCAUUACUAUCCUGGAUAGCAUCGGCGACUGGGAUCCGGAACGCAAGACUUUGUUCUAUGUCAUUGACCGGGCUAACGGCGGGCUUCUCCGCAAGUACGAGAGCCCCGAUGCUUUCUUCGCGUUCCACGAGAUCAACACCUUCGAGAACGAGGCUGGAGACAUUUUCGUUGACCUUCCCCGCAUGGACGACUACAGCUUCCUGUCCGCCGCCAAAAUAUCCAAUCUCAGAGCCAAUCUCGGAACGCCUAAUGCCAACUCCAGCAACGAUCUAGCCGGAGCCUUUACUCGCUACCGCUUGCCCUACCACGACAGCCAUGCGCCUUUGGCUGACGGUAGUACCCUCCCGACAUACAAGGCCGAGAUUGACAUCUCCCUCCCCCUUGCUCAGGCCAACAUCGAGCUACCGCGCAUUCAUCCCGGCAAGAUGGGCCGGCCGUACAGGUUCUCGUACGGAAUUCAUGUCGAGAAGACAGGCAACUUCGCUGACUCGAUUAUCAAAAUCGACGGGGAUGAGAAGACGUGGCUGGUUUGGGCUCCUGCGACGAGACAUGUGCCUUCCGAGCCCAUAUUUGUCCCGAGACCUGGUGCCACUGAUGAAGAUGACGGCGUGCUGCUGACAGUUGUCAUGGACGUCCAUGUCAAACAGAGCUCGUUGGUCGUCAUAGACGUCAAAACUAUGAAGGAACUGGGUAGAGCUAGGAUGCCCAUUGUCAUGACGUAUGGCUUCCACGGGACUUGGGGUCAGGGACCGAUUCAGCCGCGAGCUGGUGAGCUUUGAGGCUUGGCUUGAAGGUGAGGUGGCUAGAUGGCUUUGCUUUAAUGGCUGGGCAAAACUCUGGCUGGGAAUGGUUUAUGAGAGGUUUAAUGAGAGUUUUCACCUUUACGAAUUGUAUACUAAGCGUUUGAUUAGCAUAGCAUAGUCUUUAUUGCAUUUACAUAUGUUUACCUAUUCUUUGUUUUGUACGUUCACCUUAUUAUACUUCAUGACCAAUAUGUGUAUAAACAAGUUUAAGGAAGGCCUUUUUUGAGCAUAACUUUUGAAAUUUGAAUAAUUAAAUCAGACAAUGGAAGUGGUUAGAGCGACCAGCCGCUUGAGACUGUACAUGGC